CAGAUUGCAUGUAACAGAGGAUCGCCAUGCUCCAGCUGCGAUAUCGCCAAGAUUCGCUGCACUCAUACUACUGUUGUGUCAAGACCAAGAGAGCAGGGCCAGAGGAUCCUCAUAUCAGCCCAGUAUGAAAAAAAGAUCGACAACAUUUCGGAGGGGAUCAACGAGAUCAAGAGGCUCCUGCGAGAGCGCAGCCAAAGUCCGAAAGCCCAUCACCCCAGUCACAGAAUAGACUUGGAUAGCCCUCCUGUCAAAGACACUCCGGAGAACGGUCGACAAUCGCCUUGUCCAUUUACAGGAGAGUCAUCCUUCACAGCUCACUCACUGGACGCCAAACGAUUCGUGGAGAGCAUAGCGGCGCAGACCUCUUUGGAUGGCUCGGACCUUGAGAGAGAUGAUCUUCUAGCCUGUCUACGGGAGCUAUUGCGCUAUAAAAACGAUCAAAUUGUCGUGCACCAAAUGUCCUUCUUGGAUGAGCCAAUCUCGACAUCCAUCGCUAGGACGACGGAAGAAGUAACUCCAUUGGAAGCUGCCGUGUUUAUUCUGAGAUGGGCAAAAGAAAGCUCUUCGUCCUAUAUCGUAACAUGGAUAUCGCAGAUUUUGCCCCUUGAGAGAAUUAUUGGCAUCUGCCAGAAAGUAUACUUUUCUGUGCACGAUUAUAGCGAGGUAGAGUUUAUCAUUGCCAAUGGCUGCCUUUACUGGCUAUAUUGGGAGUAUGCGGCGCUAUUCAAGCGUCCUGAGUUCCAGCAGUACGGUAUCCAAUGCCGAGAUAACAUUCAGUUGGCAUUCUCUCGCCUUCCGUUCCUUCUACCAGCCUCUAUGGAAGUUAUUGCAGCCAUGGUUAUAGGUGCACUGCAUGCUAUAGAGCUCUGUAAAGACCUUCUUGCGUGGACAUUCUCUUCGUCGGCUUCACACCUCUGCCAGACGCUAGGAUAUCAUCAACAGUCAUUCUUUGAGAACGACAGUAAAAGCAUAAAAAUGGCCAAGCAGCGACUCUUCUUCACUGUAUAUCGGAUAGACAAGGGCCUGUCACUGCGUCUUGGAAGAUCUUCAAACAUCCAAGAAUACAAUGUGUCGUUGCCGUGCGAGCCUAUGGAGAUGAGGUGGAAUCAGUCUGCCAGUAUUCAGGCCAGGGUUUACGACGAGUUGUACAGUUCUUUUGGUCUUUCUCGACCUCUUGCAGACCGAGAGAGUAGCGUCGCAGCUCUUUCCAGCGAGCUUCAGAUUCUGAUUGAUCCUGCGCUCCAGAGCUUUGAGCAUACCACUACCCCGGAGAGUACAGAUGUACUGCGAAAGGUUCACAUUGCUGCUGAGCGGGUUGAGCUUCUCUCCGUUCUUACGCUUAUCCAUCGAGCUGUCGCUACGCUGGAUAAUGGCAUCUCUUCGGACUGCUUCACGGCUGCGCGGAGGGCUAUGGAUGCCCACCAGAGUACUAUAGCAUCAUUAAAAGCUUGCACUGAUGAGCCUAUGAUUACAGCUAGGUACAUUAAUCGUGUUGUCCUACAUACCCCAUUUGUGCCUUUUAUCGUGCUUUUCCGGCGAUGCAUCGAGAUGUCUGAACCUGUGGAUCUUUCUCGCCUUUCUGAUUUCGUCAUGACCUUAGAGGCGCUAGAGUCUUCUACAAAGCCGGCCAGACGCCGUCAACGACUCUUUCAGUUGCUCUACAAAGUCGCACGACUCUAUGUUGAGUCCGGUGCUAGCCCAAAAACUUGGAGCCUGGGGUUUCUCGAUGACGAGUUCAAUCAUUACCUGAGUAUUCUAGGGUUCGCAACGACCGCUACCUAUCCCACUCAAGAGCCCACACGUGCCAUGGUCAGCAACAGCAUGGAUGGCAUAUCCUGGGCAUCUUAG